AAAUGCAAAUUAGCACAUGAAUAUUCAACACUGCUGCACUGUGCUGGCUUAUACUCCAUUCAUGUAGCUGAGUGUAAGAGAGAGAGAGGGAGGGUGAGUGAGGCUGACCUAAAGGCAGACCUGUUGAGUUUAAGGCUUAAGACUUUAAGACCAAUGCAUACCACAAUUGAUACGUAAUCAAAAAAAAAUCCUGUAACUUUUACUGUUACUGUUACACCAUCUGCUGUUCCUCUUUUUUUUCCCUGUUUGUGGCAAGAGCACUCUUUGUUCCUCAGCCACAUUUAUAGAGGGAUGACGUAGAAAAGAGCUUGGAAACUCUAUGAGACACACCCACAGCUGCUGAUCACCCGGACGAGACCAACUUCAUUCCACAGGGUGCCUUUUGUUCGUCCAGCGUACACAUCAGUCCGGUCAAACCUUCCCCAUCCUUCACGCGAGAAACCAAUCCACAUGGCCAGUCUAGCUUUGACCACGCCCAUCUCAGAGCCACCUAACUCCUCCACUACAUCAACCAAUGCCCUUACUGUGUCCCACCAGAUCGGGAUAGCCAUUUUAGUGCUAGCCUUUAUUCUCGGUUUCCCCGGCAACAUCUUUGUGGUGUGGUCAGUCCUGUGUCGAGUCCAGCAGCGCUCCGUCACUUGCCUCCUGGUUCUAAACCUGGCAGCGGCUGAUGCUUUUGUGCUCCUCAGCGCCCCCUUUUUUCUGCGUCUGCUGGCUGGUGGACGGGGGUGGGAGUUUGGGGAUGUCAUGUGCAAGACAGUGCACUACCUGUGCUGCGUCAACAUGUACGUGUCCAUUUACCUCAUUUGCCUGAUGAGCCUGGACCGCUGGCUGGCCGUCACCAGACCUUUCCUGUCUCAGAGGCUGAGGAACAAAAGGACCAUCUAUCUGGCCAUGCUGGGCAUCUGGGUCAUGGCCUUUUUACUGGCUCUGCCUAUGCCCUUCUACCGCAGAAUCCGCCAGAUCCGUGAGUACAACAACAUGACUCUGUGUUUGCCGUACCACUUUAACUUCAAGGGACAUGAAGUCUUCCAGUACUUGUUUGAGACUCUGAUGGGCUUUGUGGUCCCAUUCACUUUCAUCCUGGCAUGCUACACCUCUGUCAUUCGUCGCCUACGCAGCGCUAUGUUUCACGGCCGUGUGAAGGGCAGCCUCCUCAUCCUCCUCAUCAUCAUCACCUUUGCUGUCUUCUGGUUGCCCUACCACCUGAUAAACAUAUUACAGGUGAUUGGUGUGCUGCAGGACAGCCAAACUCUCUCCAACUUGGUGAAGGCCGCUCGGCCCAACGUGACUGCGUUUGCCUUCCUGAGCAGUAGUGUAAACCCCAUCCUCUACGUGUUUGCUGGCAGCUCCUACAUCCGCCGCGCUGGCCUCAGCUUCAUGGCCAAACUUUUUGAAGGCACCCACUCUGACCACUCCGUCCUCAGCAGGCGUGGCACCUCCACAGACAACUCCAACCUCGCAAAGCUGACAAUUAAAUCACUCCAGAGCAGAGACCGGGUAAGGAACAAGAGCUGUGGAGAAGAGGAGAGUAAAAAGAUGGAGAUGAGCUGUAAGGAGGAGCUUAAGAGUCUAACCACAGUGCAGUAACCUCACAGACUGACAAUGGCAAAGAUAAACAUUGUGCAGCAGCAUGAAGCAGACUGCAUCCUGUUCAUUCUUAACUACACUGGCGGUCUAAAAGAAUUGCUCAUGUUUAGCAACUGUUUUUGACGUGUUUAUCCUGUCUGUUUACUUAUGGAUACAAUUCAAUGCAAGAUGCCACACAAUUGAUUAAGAGGGAAUUCCACCAUUUUUUCAUCAUUUCUGCAUAGUUAAAUGUCUACGAUGUAAACAAAAAAAAUCAUUUAGAAUGGUUUGAUGUGACAUGCUGUAUUCUAGGCAGAAUUGUUCACAGUGGUGGUGAUAGGAACCAGACAUCUGAAGAGUUUAACACCUCUAAAAGCUCCCUCACAGAAAGCUAUUGCAUGAAAUGGGUCACAGAUACACUGCCUCCUGAUGCCUGAAACAUUGUUUUACAAUAAUUUUGAGAUGAAGUUUGGCUGUAUUUUUUUUUUUUACAUGACAGAGAGGCACAUGCAGCGCAUGUAAAGCAAAAUAGGCAACAUUUUUUGAAAGUUUACAGCUAUUUCAGCAUUAUUAAUAUAUAAAAACUGAAAAUAUGUGUAGGUUCACCGCUCAUUUUGUUAGUUAAUGUAAUGGCUAUAUUUGCGUUGUAGACAUUGCGACCCCUGGUUCUUAUCACUACCACUGUAAAGGAAUACAGGUCUGUAUGUUUCUCUACAAUUAACUAUUUGACAUUAAACUACUCUGAAUGACUUUGUUUACAUCUUAAUGGUUUAACCAUGCAGAAAUGUUGAAAAAUUUAUGGAAAUUUGCUUUAGGUGAAAUUCCAGCAAGGUUUAGAAAUUCAUUAAGAUAUUCAAACCAAUAUUGUUAGUGGACAGCAGCGAAGAACGUAUGGGAAGCAGUUAAAUCAUUUUGAACAACCUUAGGAAAGUAUAGAUUUUUCUCUUCACACAUUGACCCACAAGAUUUCAAAGGGUUUAAAAUUAUGCCUGAUUUUCGCUUAAUGAACAGAGCGCCAUCUUGCAUUGUCUUAUUGGAAAUUGCAUAAUUUACUGCGGUCUCCUUCAAUUAGGUGAAGAGACAGGACAAACAUUUCAAUAGAAGUUGCUAAAUUUUGGUGUUUGAAUGUGCAUAUAUGCAAUUCAUUUCAACUGCCGGUGUAUUUUUGCUUCAGAAAGGAGGGUCUUUGAAAUGUUCUCGAUGCAUUUCUAGGUUGAAAGGAAAGAAACCUUGCAGGAAUAAGCUGGACCUUCUGAAAAAUGGCUUUACGUGGAGCUUGCAACGUAUCUUCAUUUUCAGUUUUCUGAGCUUUGGGACCCUUAAUUGCAUUAUCGCGUUGCAUUUUUUUAAUAUUCAGAGAGCUUUAUGUGUUGUGAGUUUUGUUUUAUAAACCGGCAUUUAAGUAUGUGCUUUCAAAGAAACUGAAUACGCACACAGUUACAUAGGCUAAGUGCAAAUGAAAGCUCAGGGCUAGUCGGCCUUUAGUAAGUGGUCAGCAUCUGAUUAUAGACCCUUUCAUUCACAUCUGCUAUUAGUUGUUCACAGUUCCACAGUCUCCUUAUAACACAUUCUUAAAUAUAAUAUAAAAAUAAGGGAAGAACCUUCAUUCUUACAGAGGCUUUAUAUUAUGAGGAGAUCUUCAAACUUUAAAAAGAUUCUUUGCACACCAUAUUUACAAAAAUGAUUCUUUAAAGAACCAUCCACUGAAAAGUUCUACAGGGAACAAAAAGUACUUCUAAGGCAUCACUGUCCUUUAUUUUUAAGAGUGUAAUUAAGGUUAACAUUUGACCCUUGGACAGUUCAACUUCCACCUUCAACAAAAGACUAAAUAGCAGUAUUUCUAUUCAAAUGCAUUGUGUGUCCAAAAGUCUGUAGACACCUGCUUUACCAAUGUUUUUUUUUCUGUAAUCAAGGGUAUUAAUAGGGAGUUUGUCCCUUUUUACUGCAGUAAAUGCCUCUACUCUU